AUGAGCAAGACAUUAGAUACAACAUCUCUGUCAGAGACCUUCAUACAGUUCCAGUUAGUUAAAAGGGAAGAGAUUCAAGAUUUUGAGGAAGAAAUAUGCCAACUAGAAGAUAAGAAGAAAAAACUGAUAAAGCUGCAGGAGCAGCUAAGAGAGGAGCAUAGAGGCCAUGUGCGUGAACUGCAGAAAAAGAUGAAGGAGCAGGAGAGGAACCUGGAGCAAAGGCAGCGAGAAGAUGAAGAGCAGGUGGAGGGCACGGCCCGGGAGAAUCUGGAGCUAAAACACAAGCAAGAGAAAGAGCUAGAAGAACUACGCUGUAAGCUUGCAAGGCUGCAGGUGCAAGUGAAGGAACUGCAGGAGGAACAGCAGGUAUGGCUUCAGUACAAGAAUGAAGGCAGCAUUAAAGACCAGCAAAAGAUACAGAAACUGGAAAAAGAUAUUGCCCUAACACAAAGGACUUUUCAGGAGAUAUCAGAAUAUUUUCAGAGAUCUCUGGUUGCGGCUAUCAAUGAAACGGAGCAAAAAGUAGCACAGAGUUUAAAGGAUGGAAUUCAGCUCGCCUUUGAGAGAGCAAAUGAAAACCUUGAUAACAUGAGUAAACUAGAGAUCAAAGAAAUGCAUUGGCUGAAAAAACAGGUUCCCCUAUAUAACGAGAAGGUCGCAGUGUUGGAAUCCACUGUCCAUAAGUUAGAAGAGGAGAUCUUGGAUCUCGUUUCCCUCAGCCCAGGCAAUGAGUUUCUUGCGCAAUCUGCUAGCCUUGGGUCCCAUGAUACCCACAAUAUGGACAGGAACAUAAUGAAAAUAAGCCCUGAGGAAACAUCAGAUCUGCUCGACAGACCCCGGUAUCCCCUCCAGCCAUUAACAGAAGUCGAAGGGGCUCAACAGAAAAGCAAUGUGACCGCCUCUGGUAGCACAACAACUUCCACCCCACCUGACUAUAGCGAAAUGUUCAGCGGUCAGACUGAUUUCACGGGGCCGACGCAUCUGGGCUCGCUGGAGCAGAAGCUGCUGUGGGUGAUAGGUAAAGCAUACCCCCUGCACCCACAACCAAAUGACCAGGCGGAUAUGGGCGAGGAGAUGACCUUUGACCUGCUUCAAACUGAAAGGUGGCCGGUUACAACAGAGAUCAUCCAUAGAAAGUUUAAACGGUCAAGUUCACAGUCUGGAGAAGCUGAUGAAUCUGUAAACGACACCUGUGAAAUUCAGCAGUUGGAUAAAAAUUUAAUUACAAAUGGCGAAUAAUAUAUACACUCAAAAUAACAAUAAAUGAUACUGUAUGCAUAAUUCUGUAAACGACACCUGUGAAAUUCAGCAGCUGUUGGAUAAUAAUUAAAACAG